GGCGGGGACGUACUGAAGGACAGGCACAGUCACCAAUGGAAGAGGAGGAAAGUCACGGAGCAGCCAAUGGUGGCAACGGGUCGGGAGUGAGGAUGAACGUCGGCGUGGCGCACAGCGAGGUGAACCCCAACACGCGGGUGAUGAGCAGCCGUGGGAUCUGGCUGGCCUACGUCAUCUCAGUGGCGGUGCUUCACAUCAUCCUCCUCAGCAUCCCCUUCUUCAGCAUCCCUGUGGUGUGGACACUCACCAACGUCAUCCACAACCUGGUCAUGUAUUUGCUGUUGCACACAGUGAAGGGAACGCCGUUUGAAACCCCGGACCAAGGCAAGGAUCGCCUGCUGACACACUGGGAGCAGAUUGACUAUGGGAUGCAGUGCACCUCCUCACGCAAAUUCCUCAGCAUCUCCCCCGUAGUGCUGUACCUCCUCACCAGCUUCUACACCAAGUACGACCCCGCGCACUUCAUGAUCAACACCGCCUCCCUGCUCAGCGUCCUCCUGCCCAAGCUGCCCCAGUUCCACGGCGUGAGGGUCUUUGGCAUCAACAAAUACUGAGCCCACGCUCCCACUGUGCCACACAGAGCUUCCCACAGGAUGGCAGAGCUGGAGGUGGGCGGCUGGGCUGGCACUGUGGGGUAAGGGGAGGAUGCAGGAGCAGGGCUGGGCACGCCAGGGACCGUGGGGCUGCUGUGCAGUUGCAUGCAGGUCUUUUUGCAAGGGCUUUUUUUGGUAAGGGUCCUGCGUCUCUUAGGAGUGCCUCACUGAGGCUUUAUCUCUUGGUGCUUUGGUGAAGAGGUGUACAGUGGGGUUGUAUGAAGCGAGUGAGGCAUGUUGCAUGCGUGUUUCCCUUAAGCUAAACCCUUGUGUGGCAAUGGGAAAGCACUUAGAAGGGGAGAACUGUUGACUGGUGGAAAGAGUAACCACUCCAUGCCUCCUUUGUCUUCACAUUUUGUACAUGUCUGUAAUAAAGAACUCACAGAGCA